ACAGAUCUCAACAAAGAUCAACCUGAACAUGAAGGAUGACUUCAGCUCAACUGUACUCGAUGCGAAAAGGCCCAAGGGUGAGAUUGAAGUUCUGAUUGGCUUUGACCAUGCUGCGCAACACCCAGUCAGAGAAAAGUCAAUGGAAAAUCUGGUGCUGCUGCGCAACAGGUUUGGUGUGUGUGUGAGUGGGUCACACCCCAGCUUGGUCGAGAAAACUGAGGUCAUGUCGAUGCACAUGCAAGUGUGUGCAAUCUCACCAACCAGUCUGGAAGAUUUCUUCACCACAGAGUCACUGGGAACGCAGUGCACUCCCAAGUGUGGAUCGUGCAAGUGUGGCAAAUGUCCCCCAGGGGGCAAAGACUACACUCUUCGUGAGGAGAGAGAGUUGAAACUCAUUGAAGCAGGACUUCAACAUCAUGAUGAUCACUGGGAAGCCUCCUACCCAUGGGUCAAGGAUCCGAAGGAACUGAAAGAUAACAGACAAGCUGCACUGGCAGUACUGAACUCGACGGAGAGACGACUAAAGAAACACCCAGAACACGCAUCUGUGUACCAAACCCAGAUUCAAGACAUGGUGGACAGAGGAGUGGCCAGGAAGAUCACAGAAGAAGAAGCUGCUGGGUAUGAUGGCCCAAUCCGCUACAUCAGUCACCAUGAAGUUCUGAAACCCGACUCCAAGUCCACCCCGUGCCGAAUAGUUUUUAACUCGUCUGCUCGCUUCCAGGGGCAGAUCCUGAACGACUUCUGGGCCAAAGGACCAGAUCUGCUGAAUAGUCUUCUGGGUAUUCUGCUACGAUUUCGUGGGGACUCAGUGGGUGUGGUUGGAGAUGUGAAGAAGAUGUAUCAUUCCGUGAAGAUACCGCUUCUAGAUCAACACACGCACAGGUUCUUGUGGCGUGAUCUCGAAGAAAGAGAACCAGAUACCUACGUCAUGACAUCUGUGUCGUUCGGCGACAGACCUGCUGGAGCUAUCGCCACUCUCGCCAUGCGUAAGACAGCUGAGCAGGGACAAGCCCAGUUCCCAGGCGCAGCUAGAGUGGUGAUAGAAAACACUUACAUGGAUGAUGUCAUCUUCAGUACAGCAAGUCGAGAUGAGGCCACAGUUAUCACCCAAGACGUGGAGAAGAUGCUGAAGACCGGAGGGUUUCACAUGAAACGCUGGGUCAUGUCAGGAGAGAAACCGGACCAAGAACGCGACCUGACUGACAAGGUCCUGGGAGUCAGCUGGAAGCCAGAACAAGACAUGUUCUGCUUUCAGACCCAGUUGAACUUCAAUCAAAAGAAGAAAGGUGUGAAAGUUGCAGAGCCGCUAGCCCCAGGCGAGACAUCAGAUGCAGUUCCUGAUCCACUGACGAAAAGGAUGGUACUGUCUCAAGUGAAUGGAAUCUACGACCCGUUGGGUCUGGCUGCUCCGUUCACCGUCAAAACCAAGAUCAUGAUGAAGAGGAUGUGGAUGGAUGAGAUGAAGGAACUCAACUGGGAUGAUCCGAUUCCUGCUGCUCGAAGAGAAGAGUGGGUGGAACUCCUCAGUGAAUUCCACGGAAUGCGAGAAGUGGAGUUCCACCGGAGCAUCAAACCCCCGUUAGCAGUGGGCAAACCGACGCUGAUAGUGUUCUGCGACGGGUCAAACGAGGCAUAUGGAGCGUGCGCGUACGCAAGAUGGGAGCUGAGCGACGGCAACUUUGAAGCCCGUCUCAUCGUCGCCAAGACCAGAGUGUCUCCUGUGAAGAAACUGACUAUCGUGAGAAUCGAACUGAGUGGAGCUGUACUUGCUGCAAGACUAGCAACUUUCUUGAAAAGAGAACUGCAACUUGAAUUUGGUGCGACGUUCUUCCUGACGGACUCAGAAAUCGUCAGAGCAAUGAUACAGAAAGAGUCUUAUGGAUUCGCCACCUUCGCUGCUGUUCGAGUCGGUGAAAUUCAACAUACAACAGACCCGACUCAGUGGUACUGGGUCGAAGGAAAUCUGAAUGGCGCAGACUGUCUCACAAGAGGGAAACAUCCAACCGAGCUUGGAGGAGACAGUGAGUGGCAGGCUGGACCGGAGUUUCUUAAGCUUCCGAUCUCAGACUGGCCUCUGAAGAUGGACAGAAUCAGCUCCUGUGAGCUACCAGAGAGACUCGCUGUCGUCAUGAAGUGUGAAGAGGCUGGAAGAAACACAGAGAGUCUCAUGGACAUCAGCAAGGUCUCAAGAUACCGUCGUCUGAUGAGAGUCACUGCAAGAGUCAUCAGCGUCUUCUGCAAGUUGAAGCCAACGUUCAGGAACGUGAGUCAGCAGCCGUCUGUCGAAGGCCUAGAAGCAGCAGAAAGGUACUGGGUCAAAGAAGCACAGAAGAUGCUACAUGAAGACCUCAGUGGGGGCAAGUUCAGAAGACUACGCCCGACAUACAACAAGGACGGCAUCAUAAUGGUCGGCGCUCGAGCUGAAGAAUGGCUGGAGAUCAGCUACAACCGCCAGCAGCUACCGCUACUGCCGUUCCAACAUCGUCUGUCGCGGUUGUACGUGGAGUACACACAUCAGCAGGGUCACCUGGGCACUUCUGCAACAACUGCCAAAGUCAGAGAAAGGUUCUGGAUCAUCAGCCUGCAGAGGAUCUCCAAGGCAGUGCGGUAUGGAUGUGUCAUCUGCCGCAAACUCGACAAGAAGUUCGAAGCACAGAGGAUGGGCCAGCUACCAGUGGAGAGGCUGAAGCCAGCGCCAGCAUGGAGCAGCACUGCGCUGGACUAUUUCGGUCCCAUGCUGAUCCGAGGAGAGGUGAACAAGAGGUCCAGGGGCAAAGCCUACGGAGUUCUCUUCACCUGCAUGCUGAGCAGGGCCGUUCACCUGGAUCUGGCAUCCGACUACUCAACGGAUGGAUUUCUGAUGGUAUUCCGCAGGUUCGUGUCUGUCCGCGGAUGUCCAUCAAAGCUGUUAUCGGAUUCUGGCUCACAGCUGAUGGCUGCAAACAAGGAGCUCCAAGCUGCCGUGAGGCACCUGGACCGAGAUACGUUGCGAGAGUUCGGAGCAGAGAACGGCAUAUCAUGGGAGUUCACCACACCUGACGCGCCUUGGCAGAACGGUUGUUCUGAGGCACUCAUCCGAUCUGUGAAACGGACCCUGUCAUCUGUGAUCGGAGAUCAGGUGCUGAGUUUCUCUGAGCUGCAAACUGUCAUGUUCGAGGUGUCAAACUUGCUCAACGAACGACCAAUCGGGAGACAUCCGACUGAUGUGCAGGACGGCGUCUACCUCUGUCCCAACGACCUGAUUCUGGGACGAGCCAGUCGCCGAGCACCAUCUGGUCCGUGGGACCAGUCGACGAGCAUCAGUCGGCGGCAUGAGUUUCUUCAGCGUUUGGUUGACGCUUUCUGGCGGAAAUGGACGCGCGACUUCUUCCCGACACUUCUGCCGCAGCAGAAAUGGCACGUGACGAAAAGGAACGUUCAGGUGGGCGAUUUGGUGUAUCUACAGGACUCCAACGCAGUGCGAGGAAAUUGGAGAGUUGGUGUCGUGACCCGAGUGCGUGAGGGACGUGACGGACGUGUCAGAGACGUGGACAUACGAUGCAGAAGUGCGACGGUAUGUGAAGGCGGGGCGGCUAGGCCUGCCAGCCGCUGUGUAGAGAUAACUCGUUCGGUUCAUAGGCUGGUGGUGUUGGUUCCAGUCGAGGAGCGCGACGGGACGGUGCAGCUGGACUCGACAGGCGGCGUCGGGUCUGCAGGCGUAGUGACGUGAAGGAUCGCGAUGCAGACUCGGCGAGAGUAUGAGUGACGGGUACCUAUUGUCUUGUGCGUUGUGGGACAGCAAUGUUAUUAGUUGAUACGCAGAUACUUGUUUCAGUUCAAGUGAAUUCAUUCGUGCUGUGCAGCGCUCAUGAAUUGUUGAGGCGGGAGUGUUUCGCCCAAUUGCGAAAGAUGUAUCGGCUAUCGCUGCAAACUAAAGUUUUGGCUGUUGUUUAACGGACUCAGCUGAUGUCGAUGGAUUUUCCGGUUGGGUUUCGUUUCGUUGAACCUUGACCUUGUUUUGUUUGUGCCAACGCGGCACAAGUUGGUCGCAGUUUCACGCUUCCGUGCAGGGUUACAGUGUUUCGAACAUCAUCUUACAUCACUUCAUGCUAAAAUACAGUGAUGUUUGGUUUGAAACGCCCUAGUUUAAGCUUUGAAUUUUAAUAUGACGGAAGUUGGUGAAACA